AUGCUUGGGCCUCUUGCCUAUGCAUCAGAAGAUGUUCCCAAACUCCCAUCGCGAGAUCCAUUCUACACACCAAAAGCCUCUAACUGGACCGACGAGAAAGCAGGCACGGUUCUCGAUUCUCGCAAGGUGACCAUCGAUCUGCCCGUCUUACCAGGUGGUGAUAUCGAGUUCGAGGCCUUCCAACUGCUCUACGUAACGCAGGAUCUCCACGAAGAGAAGGCCACAUCUGUCACGACAAUCAUCGUCCCGCAGGGAGCAAACACCAGCCGGAUCCUGUCCUACCAGAUUGCCUACGAUGCGCCCGACAUCAACUGCUCGCCCUCCUACGGGCUGCAGAAAGAUGCUAAUAAGGCUGCGGCGGGGUGGUCUCUUAACCAAAUGAUCUUUGUAGCCGAGGCUCUGGCUGACGCCGGAUCGCCGGUUCUGAAUAUCCCCGACUAUGAAGGAUCGAACGCCGCAUUUACUGUGGGGCCCCAAAGCGCCUACCAGACCCUGGAUUCAAUUCGCGCUGCGACGCAGUCCGGAGAGAUUACGGGGAUCGACAAAGACGCGGAGACCGUCUUGUUUGGCUACUCUGGCGGCGGGUACGCGUCGGAAUGGGCUGUUGAGUUCCAUCAUGACUACGCGUCGGACGUUAAUAUAAUCGGAGCUGCGAUCGGUGGGCCUCCACCGAAUAUUAUGAAAACGUACAAACAUGUCAACGGGAAACUUUCGACAUUGAAUGUCUGGGCCAUGCUCGGUGUGAUGAAUGCAAUUCGUGAUAUCGACAUAUGGAUGCGUGGGGAUCUGAAAGAUGAACACCGAGAGAAAUUCCUCGGUGCCCUUCAGCGUUGCAGUGAGCCUGAAGAUAAGCCCCCGAAGAUCCCUACUUGGGCCAAUAUCAACAAUUGGUUCAAAAACGGGGACGAAUUCUUGACGAAGUUCGAGUCGAAUCUUACAGAGAUUGGCGUUAUGGGAAACCGUAUCACGGAAACAACAGCGCCCAAGUUCCCUCUUUAUAUCUAUCAGGGCGCAUUGGACAUCAUUACAGCUCCGUAUAAAGAUACAAAAGACCUGAAGGAAAAGUUUUGUGAACAUGGAACGCCUGUCUUCCUCGUCAAGUGGGCGGGAAUGGGCCAUGGUGGUACUCUUUUUGCUGGCACUACUUGGGCCAUGAAAUGGAUCAAAAAGGUUUUCAAUCGCGAUGAGAUCCAAAACGGUUGUCACGAAGAAGAGCGCGAAGUGGUUUUCGGUGCCGGAGAUCUAGCUGGAUUAUUCGGAGGCCAAUAUGAUGACGGCGAGAUUUCUACCAGCAGACGGCUUGGUUGGGGAGACAACGAGGGUCUGCUUUCUAUCCAGAGUGGAGCACGCCCAGUGGAUGUAUUCCAGAGGGCAGAGCUGUGA